AUGUUUCCUGUCUUGGUGAACGCGCCCGAUUGGCGUGCGGUGUGGCAACGUUGCGGCGGGCGGCGCAGGGCGAGGGGGGGGAGGGCGCCGCCUUUCUUUGCGCUGGCGACUUCGCCACCGGCCGCCAGUGGUCCUGAGCCGGGCGGCGCCGCCUGUCGCAUUGUUCCCGAGCCUCGCGUCGCCGAUUCCUCGUUGGACUUCGUGCUGGAUCUCGCUCGUAAAGCGACCGCAUACCGCGCUCGUAAAACUCAUAAGUGGCCUUCCGAGGCCCCGGGCGCCGGUGCUUCCGCGGCGCGGGGCCUUCGCGCCGCUCGGCGCGUGCGUCGUCGGUCGCGUGCCAAUAAUUGCGGCGGGUGGGCGUAUCUGCCGCAGCCACCAGCGGCCCUCCGAGCUCCGCCGCGCCCCCGCCCGCCGUUGUUCCACGCGCCCGCGGUAAAAAUACCCGCGCCAGGGCCCGUUUUACUCGCCGCAACCGCCUCCGCCGCGGUUAUGCGAGGUCACGGACAUCGAUUUUCGCGGCGGUGGCGGCGUCCGCGGCGCGGGCUCCGCUGCCGUCGCCGCGAAGAACAGGUACCUGCUGAGUUUGGCAAGCCUGCUUUAGGAGGUUAG